AUGAGGCUUCAAGCAGCCUGUCUUUUGCUGGCCUCGUUUUCCGCCUCGUCAUGGGCAAUUCUUACGGACGAGGCUUACCAGAUUGAUUACCACCAUGCUCUCCUAGGGACGCCUCAAGCUCACGCUACCUUUUUCCACAAGCCUACCUCCUCUUCCAGUGCCUCGUUGCUCUACACACUUUCUGAAAGCUCUAUCAUUGGUGCUGUUAACCCGAAAGAUGGCUUGAUAGUGUGGCGGCAGAAUGUAUCCGAUUACUCGGUUGGAGCUUCGUCGGGUGGGUUAUUACAGGCUUCUGAAGGCGAAGAUGCGGUUAUCAGUGCUCUCGGGAGGGAUGUUCUGGCGUGGGGUGCGUCCGACGGAAGACUUUUAUGGAAGAAUCGAUUCCCAGAGGGGCCGAUUGUCGACUUGAAGCCUGUAGACCAGGCUGCGGCUGGUGCCCAUACCCUACGCGACUCUAUCUUGCUUUCAGGAGAAAAGAAUGGUAUUGUUAGAAGGCUAGAUGGCAUGUUGGGAAGCGUCAAAUGGGAAUUCAGAGACGAUAGCGAUGAUAUUCCUUUCCGAAUUUCUACGUCUUCGUCCACCUUCUAUUAUAUUUCCCUACAAGUCGUAUCUCAAAAAGGCUAUCGAAUAAAAGUGACGGGACUGGACCCUCAAACUGGGCGCCAAACCAGUCAAUACACCCUCAAUUCGGAGAAUGACAUUUCAUCUCUUGAUUCAGUAAUAUUUGCGAGCGGCAACUCUAUGUUUUCGGUGAUUGCAUGGUUAGACCAAGAAUCAAAAAAUCUCAAAAUCAACGCCAUCGGAUCCAAAACUAUCCAUUCUAUCGUCGUCAAAAACCAGAGUGGCGAGACGAUUCAGGACGUGAAAAUCCACGCUUCGAAUAUCGCACCUCAUUUCCUCGUUUCCUAUAACACUUUAUCCAAGUCUUGGGCAGCAAUUUAUCACAUGAACGAAAAGAUGUCAACGGUUUCCGAAUACCACCGUCUCCCACUUUUGAACUCGAAGUCCAUUUUUGCUCAAUGUGCAAUUGGCGACAAAUCUUAUUUUCCUCGCAUAACGACUUCAACCAUUGACUUGUUCAUGUCGGCAUCUAAGGAGGUUCUUGGUGCGUGGAGAAUUAAAGAGAUAUCAGGCGAACCUCAGCACGCAGCUGCGGAGGUUGUUGCUCGGGGCGCUGGCUUCGCGAUUAGAUUUGCACAAGUUGAUGAAAGUGGAGACUGGAUUCUUAUUCGUAACGGCGAACUGGAAUGGCGCAGACCUGAGUCAUUGACUGAUACGAUAGUCGCGGCCUGGGCGGACGUGAAUGGGAGUGAAGCUCUUGCCCAGGAACUCGAAUUCGAAGGCCAUCAAGAUGUCCUUUCAGCUUAUAUCCACCGAGUGAAACGACAUGCGAAGGGACUCCAAGAAAAUUUUCUACCAUGGCUCAAGGAUCUUCCGGACAGAAUUGUAUCCAGUUUCCUUUCUAAUGAAGGUACGGAUUUGUCUCAGUUUGGAUUUGGCAAAUAUGUUGUCCUAGCAACGCGAAAAGGUCGAGUGUUGGCGCUGGAUUCGGGGCAUCAUGGUGUAAUUUUGUGGAAUACCAAGGUUGCUGAUGACACAACCACCUGGGGAGCAAAAUCUAUCCACACGAACCAUGGAAUUGCUACUGUCUUUGUGAAUGAUGGAAGUACAGUCAAGUUGAAUAUUACAUCUGGUCAAAUCGUUGAACGGUCAAAAGCGACCAAAGCAUACGCCUCGUUGAUUUUAGUACCGGAUACAAAAUCACCUAUCCCUGUGAUGGUGGAUUCUAACGGGGUACCUAGAGAUAUGCCGUCUCUUCUAGGCGAUAACAAAUUCCUUGUUACUAUUAGUGAAGACGGAAAGCUAUUUGGGUGGAGUAGCAUUGACCUUAAAGUUCCUGCGUGGGAGUUUGUCGCACCCAAGGGCCAGAAAGUUGUUCAUGUUACGACAAGGCCCGCCCAUGAUCCUGUUGCGUCUAUCGGGAAAGUCCUUGGAGACCGAUCGGUUUUUUAUAAAUACUUGAAUCCCAACCUUGCACUGAUCACCGCGAUCACUAGCUCUUCGGUGACCUUUUAUCUCCUUGAUGGUAUUUCAGGCCGUGUAAUAUACACAGCAACUCAAGAUGGCGUUGAUACUUCUCAACCAAUCGCAUCUGUAAUUUCAGAAAAUUGGUUUGCAUAUUCAUAUUGGACCGAUGUCACGGACAACUCUGACGCAAAGGGCUCUCGCUUGGUUAUAUCAGAACUUUACGAGUCUUCCAUACCAAAUGACCGUGGAGCACUAGGUGAUGCAGCCAACUACUCUAGCCUUCACUCAAGUACUGCUGCUUUACGGCCCCAUGCUAUUUCGCAAGCCUAUGUUAUUCCAGAGCUCAUUUCUAGUAUGGCCGUUACGGACACCCGCCAGGGCAUCACAAUUAGGCAAUUACUCUGCACACUUCCUGCUUCCAAUGCUAUUGUUGGUAUUCCAAAGUUUAUUCUCGAUCCGCGUCGUCCCGUUAAUCGUGACCCAACGUCCCAAGAAGCCGAAGAGGGUUUGAUGCGCUAUACGCCUUUCCUGGAGUUUGAUCCCAAGUGGUACCUUAACCACGCUCGGGAGGUUCUAGGUAUUGAACGUAUUGAAUCGAGUCCAACAUUAUUAGAAAGUUCGACUCUCAUUUUUGCAUAUGGGUUUGAUGUUUUCGGCACACGGCUGGCCCCUAGCCAGCCUUUUGAUAUGCUUGGUAAAGGUUUCUCGAAGAUCCAACUGCUUAUAACAGUUUUAGCAUUAGCGGCAGGAGUUGUUGUGCUAGCACCUAUGGUAAGACUGACCUGCUAUACCUGUUUCAUAACACUUUUACUGACUGCCCACCAACAGGCUCGACGGAAAAUGGUGGAUUUGCAGUGGAAAACUUGA